AUGGGUCGUUUUGGAUUCAAGAAAUCCGAUGGCGACGAUGAGGACAGCAACCGCCGGGGCCUGUUCGGCUCGCGCAAAAAGGAGAAGAGCCCUUCGUCUCCAGCAAACCCCUACGCCCAGCCGAUUCCUACGGACCCCUACACCAGGGCCAAGCAGGGCAUCGGUGCUGCUCCCAUCACUUCUUCCGAGCAUGGCGGCAUGGGCUCCCCCGCCCCCGCAGGAGGACCCCACGCGAUUUCCUCUGACAACAAAUACUCCGGUUACACUCCCAAUCGGUACGGCAACCAGGGCGGAUACGGGAGUGAUCGCUUUGGCGGUGCGAGCCCGGGCGCUGGCGCCGGGCAGGCAUCCCGGUACGGUGCUGGUGGUUAUGGAGGAUUAGGCAGCACCGACCCAAACGACCCCAAUGCUGCGGACGCCGAUCGCAACGAACUUUUCGGUGGCUCCAAAGACCGCAAUCAAUCCGUUACUCCUGGUGGUGGUGCUCCGCCACCUUACAGCGAGGGAGGUCAGCCCAGCUACGGUGGCGGUAGCAACGACUACAGCAUGCAGACCUACCAGGACCGACAGCUUACAGCGGAGGAAGAAGAGGAAGAGAGCAUCAAUGCAACCAAGCAGGAAAUGCGAUUCGUCAAGCAGGGUGAUGUUGCCUCUACACGGAAUGCGCUCCGCGUUGCAGCACAGGCAGAGGAAACCGGUCGUUCCACGCUGGCUCGUCUGGGUGCGCAAGGUGAAGACGUUCAUAAUGCUGAGAAGAGCUUGGACAUGGCUACCGUCGAGGGACGCAUCGCGCAGGAGAAGGCGCGGGAACUGAAGACACUCAAUAAGAGCAUGUUCGCCGUGCACGUGGCCAACCCGUUCACCAGUUCCUCGCGCCGACGAGAGCGUGAUGAGCGAAUCCUCAACACCCACCGAGACGAGCGUGAUCUACGCGAUGGUACCCGGGCGGAAGCACACCAGACCAAUGCCCGUAUGGAGAGAGUCUUCCGAGACAUUGAUCGAGACGCUGCCAAGCAAGGCAAGGGCAAGAAGGCCAACGUGACCGAGCGCGCCAAGUACCAGUUCGAGGCCGACAGCGAGGACGAGGCGAUGGAGGACGAGAUCGAACAGAACUUGGAUCUUCUCGGUGGUGCCGCUGGCCGGCUCAAUGGUCUCGCCAAGGCUACCGGAAAGGAGCUCGACGAGCAGAACAGACAUCUGGAGCGCAUCACAGGCAAGAGCGACUUCGUCGACGACCAACUUGCCAUGAACCGGGCCAAGCUGGACCGUAUUCGCUAA